AUGAGCACUGUAACCCAAACCCAAACCUCCACCUCCACCUCUACGCCUACCCCUACUGUCGCAACAGAACCCACCUACCCUCCCUACGGCGACGUCCCCGCAGCCCUCAACUACCAGGGCCCCAUCACCACCGACGGCGCGCCCCCCUUCUUAUUCGUCGAACCCCGCGCCACCGGCCCCCAAAAAAACUACAUCGACAUCCCACACACCGUCACCAUCCACGACCUCCGCGGCCUCGAGGCCGACUUCAACCUCGACAAGCAGGCCUUCCAGCCCGUCCUUGACGUCCCCUCCACCGAAAAGGAGUUCACCGAUGACGCCAAGAUCGAGCGCGAGUACUACCCAGAGAUCAAGGACAUCCUGAAGAAGCAUGUCCCCGGCCUCGAGGAGGUCGUCAUCUUCGACCACACCAUCCGGCGCAAGGGGCCCACGGCCACGCGGCCGCCCGUCAUGAGGGUCCACAUUGACCAGAGCGUGCCCGCGUCGUACCAGCGCAUCCGGCAGCAUCUGCCCGCCGAGCGCGCAGAGGAGAUCAUUUCCGCGGGCACCCGCGUGCGCAUCAUCAAUGUGUGGCGCCCGAUUGGCGGGCCGGUCGUCGAUACGCCGCUUGCGUUUGCCGACAGCAGGAGCGUGGAGGAGGAGGAUGUGGUGCCGGUGAGACACAUCCUUCCAAACCGCGAGGGCAGCACGCUGGGGGUGAAGUUCAGGGAGGGGCAGAAGUGGUGGUAUUGGAGCGGCAUGAGGGAUGAGGAGGUGGUGCUGCUCAAGUGUUUUGAUACCGAUACGGUUGUGGGUGGCGGGGUGGAGGGGCGGAGGGGCAGGACGCCGCAUACGGCGUUUGUGCAUCCGGGGACGCCGGUGGAGAAGAAGGGGACUAGAGAGAGCAUUGAGGUGAGAUGUUUGGUGAUUGGAUAG